AACUCGCGAUCACGUUCGUUCGUUAUACAGUCUUGUCAUGGUUUUAACGUUAACUUCAUAGAGAGAAGAAAACGAUCGUGUUUUGAAAUACAAUCGUAUACGUUCGUAGUAAAUAAAUUUCUCUUAAUAAUUUCGUUCGUGAGAGCUUUUCGAAAGAAAAAGAAAAAAAUAUAUAUAUAUAAAUAUAUUAUCGAGAAAUAGAGUGAGAUCAAGUCAAAUAAAAAAGGAAAGAAAAAGUAACAUUUUCCCGAAUAUACGAGGAAGCGCGUUUGUGUUUAUGUGCGUGUGUAUGUGUGUUUACGUGUAAACGUGCGCAUUGCUACGAUCAAAGACGAUAUACAAAAUGGACAUUCGCGUGUAAAAAAGAGAAGAAAAAAAAGUAAAGAAAAAAGGAAAGAAAAGUGAUGAAAUAUAUCGGAGAAUUUUUUUCGAUCAUUGCAACAUAACGCAACACGGAAAGUAAUGGGAUUAUAGUGAUUUCUUCGAAAUUUAUACAUUUUCAAUACAAUAAUCCGAUAAAGCGAUUUUCGAAAGAUAUCAAAAAAUCAAAAAAGGAAGGAAAAAAAAAGGAAAAGUAAAAUUCUAAAAGAUCGAUCUCGAUUUUGAGAUAUAUUUACUGUCACUCUUUCUCUCUCUCUCUCUCUCUCUCUCUCUCUCUCUCUCUCUCUCUCUCUUUCUCUAUCUAUCUAUCUAUCUAUCUCUUUUCGUGGGAAAAAAAAGAAGAAUAAGAAAAAAAAAAAAGAAAAAGAAAAAAAAAUAUUUUCAAAGAAAAAUGAUAGGACCAUCGUCGAACAACGGUAACGUUUCGAAUCACGAUACGAUCGUAAAUGGCCAAGGUGGUAGAUCGUCGAAAAGAAAGAUCUACGAGGAUCUAGAUGUAAAUAGUUUUUGCGAGGAAUUAUGGCAAAAUGGUAGAAAACGUUAUUUGCAAGAAUUAGAAACACCGAUAGAAUUGAUAAUGUCGAACGAUCUUAUUUCGGACGAUAAUAAUACGUCAUUUUUUACUACAAACAAUUCAACGAUCAGUCAGGAUAAUAAUAACGACGAACGUUCCUCAUCCGUAACGCGUUUGAAGGUAUUAGUUGUAGACGGUACCAAUUAUUCUUGGACGACGUUAUCCGAUUUGGAAAGUCAACGUAUACAGGAACAAGUAACAGAAUUGACAAACAAUUGUACGACAACAAUAUCGUCACCUUCAUCGUCAUCAUCGUCAUCAUCGUCAUCGUUAUCUUCAUCGUCGUCAUUAUCGUCAUCGAUUUCGUUGGAAGGACACGCUAAUUCCGAUAUAAUUUAUACCGAUUUACGUACCAUCGAUGAUACACAAAAUAAUUAUCAGCAAGUAAUACGUAAUGGUUUAUGGGAACCCGUAAAUCAUCACCAUCAUCAUCACCAUCAUCAUCAUCAAUCGUUGAUCACUUUACCUACAUCGAAUAAUAAAAUAAAAUCUCAACAAAAUUCUAUACAAUCUUUAACGAAUAAUAAUGAUAAUCAACAACAACCACAACAACAACAACAACAACAACAGCAGUAUCAUCAAUUCGAUGAUCAAGAGGAAAAUGGUAAUCUUUCAUGGUUGUUGGAUUUUAAAUUAGAUCCUUUCAUCGAAGCUGCUGCUGACGAUAAAAUAUAUAACAAUGGGAUAGAUCUGAAGGAUAAUUAUUCCGGAAAUAAAAGUAAAGGAAAUAAUAAUCAUCGUGGUAAUGGAUCAAUGAUCUAUACGAUAGAUUCUAAAAAAUUAUAUAACAAUAAUCAGGAUAAUUCAACGAUUACUAAUCAGAAAUCUUCUUACGCUAAUUCGGACACUAAUAAUCAUCAUCAAGAUUUUUCGUCUACUAAUAACAACAAUAACAACAACAACAAUAACAACAACAGUAAUAAUAAUAAUAAUAAUUGUCCAAAAAAGCCACCGUUCACUUAUACCGAAUUAAUCGAACACGCGCUGCAAGAGAGAGGAGAACUUACUGUUUCAGCGAUUUAUCAAUGGAUUUCGGAACACUUUCCUUAUUACAAAAGUAAUGACGAUCGUUGGAAAAAUUCUGUGAGACAUAAUCUCUCGAUAAAUCCACAUUUUCGAAAAGGAUCUAAAGCCCCACAUGGUGCUGGGCAUUUAUGGGCUAUAGCCAAUCGUAGUGAUACCAGACCACAUCAAAUCAUUACAACUGAUCCAACAAAAUCAUUAUCACGAUCGAUCAUAAAGGAUGUUGAUUAUGGCAAUUCUCGACGACAUGAUACUACUAACAGUGAAAUAGGUUUAUUAGACGAAAUAGAGGCUGCUACAGCAAGUAUUACACGUCAAUCUUCCGAAGAGGAUACCGACGAUAUCGUUAAUUCUACGACAUUGGAACAUUGUGCGGAACAAAUAUUAAGCGGUAUCAAAAAAGAAGUUGAGGUACAAUAUUUGGUACCAAUGAUGGUGUCCAAUGGUACGUGUCAAGGAACACAACAACAAAAUACAACACAAACAACUAAUUUUGAUUGCACUAUAAAAGAAAGCGACUUUUUAAAUCCAAUUUCGAAGGAAGUAGUAGCCGAGGAAUGUGGACUGAUAAGCGAAGGUUUUCUGGUAACCGAUAUGGGCUCAACGGGUUUAGGUUUAAACAUGGUAGAAUCCGAAAUAAUAUCACCCGAGAAUUUGUUCGGGGAGGAAUUAAAUUUUCAAUUCUACGAAUUGUCAUCGCCGUCCCAAUUGCAAUCUGCUUGACACACGGACAACAAUAACGAAUUACACGUGAUUUUGAUAGACGAGUUACAAAUACAGGACAUUCAAGUAUGCGAAAAUAUAACAAUUACCAGCGAUUGUACGAGUCACAGUGUAACAUAAAAAGUAUGCGAAAAUGAGGAAAAAAGAAAAAAAAAGAAAAAAAAUAAGAAAAAAAUGAAAAAAAAAGAAAAAAAAGAUUAAUUGAUUUGAUAAGGGAAUUAUAAUAUAGUUUUUACGAUGUCCAUUACCGACAUCUGCUUUACCGACACGUCAUUAUGUCCGAAAUGAAAAAUGUCAUAUCUCUUGCCUUUUGAGAUCUUAUAUCUGGAUCUUAAUAUAUAUAUAUAUAUACCUAUGUGUUAAAAAUAAGAAAAUAUUAUCAUUUAUAUAACUACAGGAUAUAUAUUAUUAUUAUCAUCAUUAUCAUUUUAUUAGAUCCUUAAUGUGUGUAAAACGUUUUUUUUUCUUUUUGCCAUUAGCCAAGAAAAAAAUAUAAUAUUUACGAUUGUGGAAUAAUAAUAUUGAAAAUUAAU